AUGGUGCUCGACGAUGCUCGUAUUGACGAGGCCGCUCUCCAGGCGGAGGUCUCUGAGCUGACUGACACAAAUGUCGCAUUGAAGCUCGACUUGGAGGACUUGGAGGACUUGAAGGAGUCAAACACCAUCACGCUUGCUCGAGUCAACCAGCCUAGCGCUCAGGUCUGUAUCAUGGAGUCUUCGGAGUCGAUCAACAAGGACGUUACAGCGCCUACGAAAUUCCUUGGAGACAACGAUACCAUCAAUACAUACCUGUCGCAAGUGCGAACAGUUGGUCGCGCUGCCUCAUUGGUAGCGUGGCGAUGCGGUCUGGGUAGCCAAGUGGGUGUAAAUAUGAAGACCUGUUCGCAUACGCAGGGGAGCGAGAAAAAGGGAAGCCCGAUCAAGCGACCGACGAAAAGAUUAUCCCGGCGGCAGAAGUCAACGACGAUCCAAAAAACAAAAAACAAAAAGGACGACCUACAAGGGAAGACCGUCCUCAACGUCGCAACCCCCAUGCUUAGGCAUGUCUGGGUGCGCCCGCCUACUUAUGCCUCCCAACCAACGCCAGACUCAGUACAAGGCUCGAAGCAGUGCAAGAAGUGUGGUUCCUGGUAUGAAUUUGACACUGAUUUCGAGAAGGAAACAUUCCGUAUACACGUCAGCCUAUGCGAGGAGGUCGUCUGCAAGCAUGAAGGAUGCUGCGAUGUGAUGAGUAAAGAUCACUUCUUCAAGGAGCAUCAACAGGUUUGCAAGAAGCGCGCACCGGGUGAGAGGAAGAAGCUCUCGUUCACUGGGGCUGCAAAGUCGGCGCCCAAGAUACAGGAAACCUUCGACAUACUGACUGCGGAUGGAACGGCGAGGGAAUCUGCUGAGCGAACACCAGCGGAACCUACUGGUGAUGGGAUCACAAUUGAUGAUUACCAGCAUGGUAUCGAGAAAGGGCUGCGACUGGAGGAGGGAAGGAAGCGCGGCGGACUGCAAGGAAGUAGUAUCUGGGCAGCUUCGUGA